GCGGAGUGGGCGGAGUCAGGGCUGUUCCCUCCGCGCGACUUCUUUAUAAAACACGGAUACGCGCAAGUGUUACAUGUGUCCGCGCGCUCGAGAGUGGGCAACAGCAUCAUAACAGUGGUUAUAGCUACUGUCCUCAACACAGCAGUCUGAAAGCAUCAUGGGGGGAGCAGUGGUGGACGACGGGCCUCCUGGGAUUAAGGCACCAGAUGGCGGCUGGGGUUGGGCAGUGUUGUCUGGCUGCUUUGUCAUCACGGGCUUCUCCUAUGCCUUCCCCAAGGCUGUCAGUGUCUUCUUCAAGGAGCUCAUCCUCGAGUUUGACGUCGGCUACAGCGACACCGCCUGGAUCUCAUCAAUACUUCUAGCCAUGCUGUAUGGCACAGGCCCUCUGUGCAGUGUGCUGGUGAACAGGUUUGGCUGUCGACCGGUGAUGAUGGUCGGAGGGCUCUUUGCCUCACUGGGAAUGAUUCUUGCUUCCUUCGCCACCAGCAUCAUACACAUCUACCUCUGCACCGGCGUUAUAACAGGGCUCGGUCUCGCCCUGAACUUCCAGCCAUCUCUGAUAAUGCUGAAUCGCUACUUCAGUGAGAAGCGUCCUCUCGCCAAUGGUUUGGCAGCAGCCGGCAGCCCCGUGGCAUUGUGCUGUCUGUCCCCACUGGGACAGAUUCUCCAGUACCACUAUGGCUGGCGGGGGGGCUUCUUCAUACUGGGAGGCAUGCUGCUGAACUGCUGUGCCUGUGGCGCUCUCAUGAGGCCCCUGUUGCCGUCUAAGAAGCCAGCCGAGGAGCUGGUGGAGAGCACUGCGGAGGAGAAGAAGCCCCAGGCCAAGAAGAAACUGUUGGACUUCAGUGUGUUCAAGGACAGAGGUUUCCUCAUCUAUACCAUUGCAGCGUCUGUGAUGGUGCUGGGCCUGUUCGUGCCCCCGGUGUUUGUGGUCAACUAUGCUAAAGGCCUCGGCAAUGAAGACACCAAGUCGGCAUUGCUGCUCACCAUAUUGGGAUUUGUUGACAUGUUUGCUCGGCCCCUAUGUGGACUUUUAGCCGGCAUGAAGUGUGUACGGCCCAGAUGUGUCUACCUGUUCAGCUUCGCUAUGAUCUUCAACGGGUGCACCGACCUCAUAGGAUCACAGGCGAAUGACUAUGCAGGUCUUGUGGUCUUCUGCAUCUUCUUUGGCAUGUCAUAUGGCAUGGUGGGAGCGCUCCAGUUCGAGGUACUCAUGUCUAUAGUCGGGACAGAGAAGUUCCCCAGUGCCAUCGGCCUGGUGCUGCUGAUGGAAGCCAUUGCUGUACUGGUGGGACCUCCUGGAGCAGGUCGCCUCUUGGAUGCCACCAAUCAGUACAUGUACGUCUUCCUGUUGGCAGGCUGCGAGGUCACAUUGUCGGCCUUCGUGUUGGCCCUGGGUAACUUCCUGUGCAUUAGUAGGAAACAGGAAGAUCUAGAGGCUAAGAUGGAGAUGGCUGUGACUGCUUCAGAGAAGGAGGGGCUGAACCGCGCUGAGGAAGAUGGCGAAGGCGAAGGCAAAGAGGACUCAAAGGGACGAGAGAACGGACACAGAACAGUCGGAGCUGUGAAAUCAGGGGAGGUGAUGAUGGUGAAAGAGAUGGGGGAGGAGGGUGGACAGACAUCAUUAUGAAGAAUGAGUGGUGAUGAGGAAAGACCAACUGUGCACCAAGAGCACACGUAAAAAGCAAUCAUGAUGAUCUAUGACAAACAGUGUGAGGAGACGUUGAGCAAGUGGGGGGACAAAGCAGGGCUAGAACGGGAGCCGAUACUGAGCUGGAAAGGAAAACCAGAGUUUGAUAUAAUGGACACAAAGCAGAGAGGGUUAUUUAUUAACUGGUUUCAGCUGAAUUGGUUCUAAUGCAACAUGCUGACCACAUUCUUGUCCUGGAUAAAUGUGUAAAUAUGUCACCAUAUACUCAAUGUGCUGCAAAUACCACAAGCUCUCUGGCCAUGAACACACUCACAGUUUUAGUUAGGCUUAAAAAUAUACUUUUUUAAUAAUUCAAGGUGCACUUACUGCCUUUUUCCACAGUUGUCAAUUCAUAUCUCCAAGCCUUUGUCGGCAUUUUCACCUUUUCCAGGUGUGAUCGUGAGAUUUACUGUGGGGAGUAGGGAGAGUCUGACCAGAUGUUUGACAGUGCACCCCUCCGUCCCUCUCCCGUCUAUGACCACUUGUUGCCACACAUUAGGAGGUCCAUGCUUUUGUCACAUGAUGAAAUACUGUGUUCACCAAUAACUGCGAGGGGAUUGCGUGAGCUCUGGAGAAAGCUUGAAAAGUGAGGUGUGUGCGCUCAGAGUAUAUAGUGAGACCAAUGUUCACAGGUUCAAGAAUAACUUUUCACACUGAAAUGUCAAAGCAUAUAUAUUAUCAGUUUGUUACUCCUCCUUUCAUUCAUUCCAAAUAUUUGUUGACUGUUUUGAAACCAAAUGUGCACCACAUUUAGACCUCAAUCCAUUUGUUGCUGGAUCAAUUCGCUGUAGGCGACUUUGUUAGUCUCAGCAUUGUGUACUGUAGCAGCAGUUGAUGCGUGUCUGUUCUCACUUUUCUGUAAAUGUAUGGCUGUAUGGACCAAAGCUGAAGACUAGCACCCGCUGUUGUGCUGUGAUAUGAUGUGAACAGAUGCCGUGAUCUGUGUGCUCUGUGCCUUUUUCUGUGUCUGACUAACGGUAGAAAGCACAAACUUGCUUUGGUGAAAAAAUGAAACGCACACCUGCUUGCAAUUGCACUUUCCUGAGUGAUGUGAAACAUAACACAGGCAUGCGAUAACUGUUUUUACCAAAUAAAUAUAUAUCCUCUUCAGUCUA